AUAACGGCAUCCGCAACGUUACUACAACGCUAAUAACAAUCAUAAUUACAUUGGUAAUAACAACCGUCGAUUGCCGGCCAUUAUGACGACGGGUAUUGUUGUCCAAUCGGCGGCCCGUGCGAUCCGAGAGUCUUGCGGAAUGUGUACUUAAAUUAAAUUAUUCAAUUACCUGCGGUCAUCAUCGUCAUCGUCAUCGUCGUAUUCAAAGUGCGAUUCGACAAAAAAAUCCGUUCGGUUGGCCAUCCUGCCAUGCUGCCGGCCACCCUGAUCGCGUCCACGCCGGCGGGGUCACCGGUGCAAACGGUCGAAGAUGACCAAGGAGGUCGUAUAUUGGGCGAACAGAGAGGUGACAACCAGAACUCGGCGGACAACCCGGUUCCGCCUACCAAGUUGCAACAGUACGAGAACCGGUACCGAACGUCUUCCACGUCGUUUCUGAUACACAACCUAUUGAUAACGUGCAACAACAAUAACGACGACGAUGGCGACGGCAUCGAAACCGACGGCCCCAAGUCUUUGGGAAAAGACCAAGACCACUGCGGCGACGGCGACGGCGACGGCGACGACGGCGGCGGUAAAGCCAGAAGGAGGAAGAGGACCGUUCCCAGGAGAAGGACGGCCAGUACGACCAGCAGCAGUACGGCUAGCAGUACCGACGAACAAAACGACGAAACGGUAAUGGAACAACACUGUUCGAGCACUCGACACGGACAAGAAGAAAGGAAGAUCACUUUCAGCGUGAACGCCAUUUUGGGUGACUGCAGGAGCAGUAGCAGUGCGAGUAAUUCUAGCAGCACGGGAAGUUAUGUACCACCGCCGCCUCAGCAGCACUUAGCUUCAGCCGCCUUCUUGAGGAUAACCGCAGCGGCUGCCGCGGCGGCCGCUGCUUCGCCACAAGGAAUUUGUCCAUCAAUAGUUGGAGCCUGA